AUGGCCCUGUUGCUGCUACUGCGGCUGCUGUACAAAUCCUCAAAGGCCUCGCGUGUGCCACAGACGAUGCACCAACAACGGAGCCUUACCAACAUCAACAACAACUCCCUGAAUGCCCCGCUCUGUCUCUUCCCUCCCGCUCCGUUAGAGACGGAACCGACGGUCGCCAGCCUGGUGGGUGGCAGCCCAGCCGGGCCGCGCGGAUCGGGCAACAGCUGCAAGUUCCCGGGUGCACCGGCCCAUGGCAGCGUGGAGUUCACGGACGAGACGCUGCGCGAUAGUACGGUCGCGACGUACUACUGCGAGCGUGGAUUCGAGCUCCUGGGACCAUCGCGUCGCGUCUGUAACGAUGGCCAGUGGAUACCGGAGGGCAUCCCGUUCUGCGUGCUGAACGUGGCUGCCGGUAAGGCACCGAUGCAGAUCUCAACCGAGGCGUCCGGCAUACCGCAGAAGGCGAUCGAUGGUUCGACGUCGGCCUUCUUCUCCGCCGAUAGCUGCUCGCUGACCAAGCUGGAGCGCGUACCGUGGUGGUACGUGAACCUGCUGGAGCCCUAUAUGGUGCAGCUGGUUCGGCUUGACUUUGGCAAGUCCUGCUGCGGUAAUGGCACACCGGCCACGAUCGUGGUGCGUGUUGGUAACAAUCGGCCCGAUCUGGGCACAAAUCCGAUCUGCAACCGCUUCACGGGUACACUCGAGGAGGGUCAACCGUUAUUCCUGCCGUGCAACCCCCCGAUGCCCGGUGCCUUCGUGUCGGUGCACCUGGAAACGAGCGCACCGAGCCAGCUGUCUAUCUGCGAGGCGUUCGUAUACACCGACCAGGCCCUACCGAUCGAGCGGUGCCCGGCAUUCCGCGACCAGCCACCCGGUGCGUCGGCCUCGUACAACGGCAAGUGCUACAUCUUCUACAACCGGCAACCGGUGACGCUGCGGGAUGCACUCGCCUUCUGCCGGGCGCGCGGUGGCACGCUGAUCAACGAGAGCAACCCGGCACUGCAAGGAUUCAUCAGCUGGGAGCUGUGGCGACGUCACCGCAGCGACACCUCGUCCCAGUACUGGAUGGGGGCGGUCCGGGAUGCUCAGGAUCGCAACACCUGGAAGUGGAUCGGCGGCGACGAGGUGUCGGUUUCGUUCUGGAACCUGCCCGGUGGUGAGGAGGACUGCGCGCGGUACGACGGCUCCAAGGGUUGGCUCUGGAGCGAUACCAACUGCAACACGCAGCUCAACUUCAUCUGCCAGCACCAACCGAAGGCUUGUGGUCGGCCGGAGCAGCCACCCAACUCGACGAUGCUGGCACCGAAGGGCUUCGAUGUGGGCGCCGUGGUCGAGUACAGCUGUGACGAGGGACAUUUGCUCGUCGGGCCACAGCAGCGCACUUGUCUAGAGACGGGUUUCUACAACGAGUUCCCACCGGUCUGCCGCUACAUUGAGUGUGGUCUACCCGCCUCCAUACCGCACGGUUACUAUGAUCUGCUGAACGGUUCGGUCGGUUACUUGAGCACGGUUCAGUACCGGUGCGCCGACGGUUACGAGAUGGUUGGCCGAGCGGUGCUGACCUGCGAUAUCGACGAGCGCUGGAACGGUCCACCGCCGCGCUGCGAGCUCAUCGAGUGCGAUCCGCUACCGACGCUGUUCGCCAACGGUGUCGUCAUCGCCCCGAACCAGACAGUCUACGGUGCGGUGGCUGAGGUACGGUGUAACCGGGAUUACGUGCCGGAUGGUGUAGCAGCGAUCCGCUGUACAGCCACCGGUCAGUGGAACCACACGCUGCCAAGCUGCGUACCACGGCCAGCCUAUGGUGAUGCGGCCACCGCCGACAACGACGGCGACGACGGUAGCCCUUUCGAUGGUCCAUCGGUGACGAUCCGACCGUCGGUGGGUUCCCCGAACAGCUCGAUCCGGCCAGGGGCCACCAGUGGCACUGGUGGGCGCCCACGACCACCACAACCAACCGGUCAACGGCCUCGACCGGGCACGGUACGCUACACGCCACCGACCUCAGUCCCACCAACGGCCGCCAGCACCACCAACAGUGUUGCCGUCUCACCAACGACCACAACCACCACAACUACCACGAGCAGUCCGGGCAGCACCAGCAGCACCAGUGUGACCGAGUCGUCCUUCUUUAGCAUCGAAAUCGAUGACGAAGUGCGACCGGGGGGCAUGGGUGUGAUACGUGAGGACGGCCCGUCGGGUGUGGUGCGUCCGCACGGUGGUAACCCCUACCGACCCCCAUCGGUGCCACCGUCGGUGGUAGUGCUACCGAACGGUAGUGCUGGCGUCAGUGUGUCGCCCAAACCCGUGUCGGUCAGACCGUCGCAACCGUCGCAGCAGCAUCCACAGUCGUCGGGUACGUCCGGCCGGCCGCAGUCGCGCCCGCAACCACCACUAACGCGCCGCCCAACACCCAGUACGGCCGCACCGACGCCAACACCGACGACGGUGCGUGGUCGCGUCCAGGAGCAGGACAUCCUACUGUCGCAGCAUCCACAGGACAAUGAGAUCGCUGGCAGCGUCAACAUUCGACAGGACCAGUCGCCCAAAGUGAACGUUCCGUUUGCCGUCGACAACGUCAACACCGUACCGAUCGACGGACCGGUGGACGGUGCGAGCGGUGGUGGUCGGGGACCGGGCAACGGCGGUACCGGUGGUACGGCUGGCAGUGGCAGUGGUGCCAACGGUGCCAGUGCCACCGCCGGUGACCGUAAGGAAUCGAAGAACGCCAAGCUCAACCUGGGCGCGAUAGUCGCGCUUGGGGCGUUCGGUGGUUUCGUCUUUCUCGCCGCCGUCAUCACCACGAUCGUGAUCGUGGUCCGAAGAAAUCGGACAACGAACCAGCAUUACCGACACCGAGCCUCCCCCGACUGCAACACCGUCGCCUCGUUUUCCAGCUCGAGCUCCGAGUCGCGGAACGGCCUGAACCGCUACUACCGGCAAGCGUGGGAGAACCUGCAUGAGUCCGCAUCGAAGAGCCACCACAGUGGGCAUUCAGGACUGAAGCGCAAGGAGACGAUGGACGCCCCGGUUAAUCGAUCGCGGUCGCGCGAAAACCUCGACGUUAGCCGGUCGCGCGAUCUGGACAGGUCGCGGGAAAACCUGUCGGCGGCACGCAGCCGCGAUUACGGCCGGGACAGCAUGGCCAUGCGUGACGGCUCUGAGAUGGUCGUGUCGGACGUGUGCGUGAAGGGCGAGAAGAAGCGACACCAUCACCAUCACCACAAAAGCAGCCAUCAGCAGCGCGGGGACUUCCGCGAGCCCAACAUCAUGGGCAGUGGCAAUGGGCGGCGCGAGCACUGCCACUAUUGA